UGGUAUCAAUACAAAGGUAUACUCACAGAUGCUACAGCCACAACAGACAAACAUCCACAGUAUCACGUCCGUGCAGUCCAAAGUCCACGCCUGAUCAGUUGUUUACUCUCAGAUCAAACCAAGUGAAAACCAUGCCGGAGUCGGAGACCUUCGUGGAAAUGCAAAUCCCGCAUCAAAAGUUUUACAACGGAAUCCAAUUCCCGUACGUUCUGUCUCCCAACGAAACUCCAUUAUCUCUAUAUCUUCUCACCCAAGCCAUCAAAUCCCAGAAACCCUUUCUCGAAUCCUUGCUCCGCAAGUCCGGCGCCUUACUCUUCAGGGGCUUCCCGGUAAGUACAGCCUCGGACUUCAACGAUGUCGUUGAGGCCUUUGGUUUCGAUGAGCUUCCGUACGUGGGAGGAGGCGCCCCUCGGACCAAAGUAGUCGGUCGGGUUACCACGGCAAAUGAGUCCCCGCCCGACCAGAAUAUUCCUUUUCACCACGAAAUGGUUCAGCUUCCGGAGUUUCCCUCCAAAUUGUUCUUCUUCUGUGAAGUAGAGCCUGGAAGUGGGGGAGAAACUCCUAUAGUUCUUAGCCACAUUGUCUAUGAAAGAAUGAAAGAGAGACACCCAGAGUUCGUUGGACGACUGGAAGAGCACGGAUUGGUAUAUACGCGGGUAUUGGAGAAAGAAGACGACCCUUCAUCUCCAAUCGGACGUGGAUGGAAGUCUACGCUCUUGACUGAAGACAAGAGUGUGGCCGAGCAAAGGGCUGCUAAGUUGGGUAUGAAGUUGGAAUGGCUAAAGGAUGAUGCAGUUAAGACAAUAAGGGGUCCAAUGCCAGCUAUUAAGUACGACAAGGCGAGACAGCGCAAUGUUUGGUUUAACCAAAUGGUUUUUGCUUAUACAGUCUAUAAUGCAGGGAAUGAUUCUGGGAAAGCUGUUACCUUUGGGGAUGGCAAACCUAUACCAGCCUACAUCAUCAACGACUGUGUCAACAUCCUUGAAGAGGAAUCUCUAGCCUUUCCUUGGCAGAGAGGUGAUAUUCUUUUGCUGGACAAUAUGGCCGUUCUCCACUCCCGAAGAUCAUCCAAAACACCUCGCCGUAUACUAGCUUCACUCUGCAAGUAGUAUGGGCUUUUGGUUGUAUGCAUGUUCCUUUUAGGCCAUGUUAUGGAAAUGUAUAAAUAAAAUUGGCACAUUCGCAUGCAACUAUGCGUGCAACUUAAGCCAUGUUGUGGAGAGAGAUGUAUAAACAAUACCUUUACAAAUUUGGUUGAAAGUUUUAACUCA